CUACAUUUCGGAUAAUCGCAGCCUAUACAGUACAGAACAAUAAUUCGUGCAUAAAACAACUUGUUCAGUAUCCCCAAGUGAAAAAAAUAAGGAUUUAUAAAAAUAUCACAAUGACGGUCUCCGACGAAAGUGGUCCGGCAAUAGUGAAGCUUUUGGACAUUGUGAACACAAUAGCAACCGUGGCGAUCGGUGGGCUUGCAAUGGGGGGCCUGUUAACCGCUACAUUAUAUUCAUCGACCAUACUCAGCAACUUGUCUACACAUAUUUUUCUUGUCACAUUUGGGUAUAUCUUAAUUAUAAGCCAAGCUGUGGUUUCCAUGAACCCUACAGCCGGCUGGGCUCGAGCAUUCAGUUAUCAGAACAAACGGAUGAUACAUUUAUGCAUGCAAAUAAUAGGAUCUAUCUUGGCAAUAGCCGGUGCUGCUAUGGGCAUGAGGUUAAGGAAUUCCUUCGGAACAUCUAGAACCCCCCACGGUAUUAUGGUAUCCCAAGCACAAACUUUGACAGAUUCGUAUAGCCAUCGUCAAUGUUUCUACGGAAAAAGCCUUAGUUGUUGAAAAGUUUGUUUUGACGUUCGGUAGCGGCGCUGCUUAGUUUCCAAUGGUUUCCAUGGAAACUUAGCGUAUUGGCGAUAUGA